UCGAUUAUCAACAACACGUUUCAGAACGAGUCGGACGAGAUGGAAAGCGGAGGAAAACUUUGGGCCGGCCGUUUUGGCAAUCAACGAUCGAUCGAUCCGGUGAUGGAGCGAUUCAACUCUUCCAUCAGUUAUGACAAACGUCUUUGUUACGUGGACAUUCUGGGGAGUAAGGCUUACGCUACAGCUCUAUUCAAGGCCGGUCUUUUAGACCAGGUGGAAUGCGCUGACAUCUGUCACGGUCUAGCCACUAUUGAGGACGAGUGGCGCAGUGAAACAUUCCGGAUUAAUCCAUCCGAUGAAGAUGUUCAUUCAGCCAAUGAACGACGUCUUAAGGAGUUAAUUGGAUCUGCAGGUGGAAAACUGCAUACCGGUAGAAGCCGCAACGACCAGGUGGCCACUGAUCUGAGACUUUGGUUACGCCAAGAAAUUGAUCAAUCGUUGGACGGGUUUCUUGUUCAAAUUAUUCAGGUAUUGAUUGAACGAGCUCAAGAUGAAAUGGAUAUUCUUCUACCUGGUUACACACAUUUGCAGCGGGCACAACCCAUCCGCUGGAGUCAUUAUUUAUGCAGUUACGCCUGGAGUCUAUGGUCGGAUUGGCAACGUUUAAUGCAACUUAGAGAUCGAGUGAAUGUAAUGCCUCUAGGCGGUGGGGCAUUGGCCGGCAAUCCAUUCCCGAUCGAUCGGCAUUAUCUUUCGGAUCUGAUGGGCUUUGAUUCCAUCACCCCCAAUUCGCUGCUGGGUGUCAGCGAUCGAGAUUUCGUCGUUGAAUUUCUGUCAUGGGCAUCAAUUUUAAGCUCUCAUUUGAGCCGACUGGCAGAAGAUCUGAUCAUUUAUUCGACGAAAGAAUUCAACUUUGUGACUAUCGCCGACGCUUAUAGUACAGGAAGCAGUUUAAUGCCACAAAAAAGAAAUCCAGAUGGAUUAGAACUGAUUCGAGCUAAAGCUGGGAGAAUAUUUGGACAGAUGGCAGGUUUCUCUAUGGUCCUAAAAGGAUUACCUUCUGCCUACAACAAGGACUUACAAGAGGAUAAAGAGGCUCUGUUUGAUGUCGUGGACAAUUUAUUCUGUACUCUUCAAGUCGCUGCUGGGAUUCUUUCCACUUUAAAAGUAAAUGCAGAGAAGACUUUAGGUGCGCUCAGUUCCGACAUGCUUGCAACCGAUCUAGCUUACCAUCUGGUGCGAAGAGGCGUGCCUUUUCGCGAUGCUCACGCAACCGUUGGAAAGAUUGUAGCAAAGGCCGAGAACCAGCAUAAAGAUAUCGCAGCAUUAACUCUUGAAGAUUUGCAGUCCAUCAGGUUUUGUAUCAUCAUUUACACGUGGCAACUAAUGUUACAUGCUCUAGUAAUCUUAUUACGCAAUUUCAGCUCAGUAUUUGAUGAUCCAUCCGUUACGAACAUCUGGAAUUACGAGCAUAGCGUAGAGCAGUAUCAAGUCACGGGUGGAACAAGUCGAAGGGCAGUUCAAAAACAGAUAGAUGACCUUAAGGCACUGCUUGAAUUUCGAAAGGGUUCUACUAGUACUGCUUUAUGAAAGGUGAUGAAGCGCAGUAAGUGCUAAAGUAGUUUUGGUUUUCUCAGUGAAAACUUUAAUUUCUCUUACACUGUUUCAAUUAUAAUUUCCUGUACUUGAUUUCACAGUACAAUAACUUCCUGUAAUAUGCAGGAUAUUUCUCGUUAAAGUAGAUUUGCUGGCUGUUAGGUAAAUAUGGGGAAACUAUUCCUUUGUUCUGUUUGAGAAUAAUUAAGGCAAGAUCUUUCUCACUCCAGAGUUUCCACCAUGUCUGUCAAAUGGUUAAGAAAAAAGGGACAGAAAUAGAGCUUAUUGAAAAUUAUAUAUGUAUCAUCAUAUUGCUUACCCUUUUUAAGAAAAUAGAAGCAUACAUGUGA